CUUUUCAACCACAGAUGGGUACCUAGCCUCAUUGUAGCGCGAACCUCUAUCCCUUCACGUGCAUUGCUGCUCGUCGCAUUGCGCAAAGGUUCAGAUUCUUUCGCGCGCGGUCCAAGGGACUGCUGAACUAACAUUUCAGUGAUUUUUUCUCUACUGAUGUGAGCAGUAGCGCAACACCAAGUCGCGACCAUGGCGUCCAAGCGAAAGGCGGCCGCGAUGAACGCGGCGGUCACGGAGGAGCCUGUAGAUCCGUCCGACGAGCUCAUGUUCCUUUGCCUGGGAGGCGGCAACGAAGUCGGGCGAUCAUGCCACAUCAUUCAGUACAAGGGAAAGACGGUCAUGCUCGACGCCGGCCAGCAUCCCGCCUAUGAUGGUCUUGCCGCGCUGCCGUUCUACGACGACUUUGAUCUCAGCACUGUCGACGUGCUCCUCAUCAGCCAUUUCCACGUCGACCACGCGGCCUCAUUGCCGUACGUCCUUGCAAAGACCAACUUCCGGGGGCGCGUCUUCAUGACCCAUCCUACUAAGGCUAUUUACAAGUGGCUUAUCCAGGAUAGUGUCCGAGUGGGCAACACAUCCUCGAACCCAACCUCACAGCCCGUUUAUACGGAGCAAGACCAUCUGAACACUUUCCCCCAGAUUGAAGCUAUCGACUAUCAUACUACCCAUACCAUUUCCUCCAUCCGAAUUACUCCCUACCCUGCCGGCCAUGUGCUCGGAGCGGCCAUGUUCCUCAUCGAGAUCGCCGGUCUCAACAUCUUCUUCACUGGCGAUUACUCUCGUGAACAGGAUCGACAUCUUGUUUCCGCCGAGGUCCCUAAAGGCGUCAAGAUUGAUGUCCUCAUUACAGAGUCGACCUACGGCAUUGCCUCGCACGUUCCACGUCUUGAAAGAGAACAGGCCCUUAUGAAGUCCAUUACCUCCAUUCUCAACCGUGGAGGUCGCGUUCUCAUGCCCGUGUUCGCGCUGGGACGAGCUCAGGAGCUGCUGCUCAUUCUUGACGAGUACUGGGGCAAGCAUGCCGAGUUUCAACGGUAUCCUAUCUACUAUGCCAGUAACCUGGCGCGAAAGUGUAUGCUGGUCUACCAGACGUACGUCGGCGCUAUGAACGACAACAUCAAGCGCCUGUUCCGAGAGCGCAUGGCCGAGGCAGAAGCCUCUGGCGACGGAGCCGGCAAGGGUGGUCCCUGGGACUUCAAGUAUAUCCGUUCCCUUAAGAACCUCGAUCGUUUCGAUGAUGUAGGUGGCUGUGUAAUGCUCGCCAGUCCUGGUAUGCUUCAGAACGGUGUCAGUCGAGAGUUGCUGGAACGAUGGGCCCCAAGCGAGAAGAACGGCGUCAUUAUCACUGGUUACAGCGUCGAGGGCACCAUGGCCAAGCAGAUUAUGCAGGAGCCCGAUCAAAUCCAGGCCGUCAUGUCUCGCAGCAUGGCCGGCGCUCGCCGAGCACCUGGUGGCGACGGCGAGAAGGUUCUUAUCCCGCGACGGUGCAGCGUUGCUGAAUAUUCCUUUGCUGCCCAUGUUGAUGGCGUCGAAAACCGCGAGUUCAUCGAGGAGGUAGCAGCGCCAGUUGUGAUUCUCGUCCACGGCGAGCAGCACAACAUGAUGCGUCUCAAGUCUAAACUUCUCUCCCUCAAUGCUAGCAAAACCGCAAAGGUCAAGGUCUUCUCGCCGCGCAACUGCGAGGAGCUCCGCAUCCCAUUCAAGGCCGACAAGACAGCAAAGGUCGUCGGCAAGCUCGCUUCCAUUCAGCCCCCUCUGGGAGCCGACUCCGACUUGGUAGGAACAGCACCGCUCGUUACCGGUGUGCUCGUCCAGAACGAUUUCAAGCUCUCACUCAUGGCGCCCGAGGACCUGCGCGAGUAUGCAGGCCUCAACACCACCACCAUCACCUGCAAACAGCGGCUGACACUGAGCGCUGCGGGCGUGGACCUCGUUCGAUGGGCGCUCGAGGGCACAUUCGGCACUAUUGAGGAGCUGCCAGAGAUGCGCCACGGCAAGAAUGGCCAGUCUAAUGGGGACGACGCCGAAAUGGACGAUGGCAACAUCAAGCCCGAGGAGGCUGAUGAAGAGGUCGCAAGCCUCGUCGCGGCAUACCUUGUCAUGGGCUGCGUGGCCGUUCGAUACCGCACCAACGGCGAAGUCGAGCUCGAGUGGGAGGGCAACAUGCUCAACGACGGCAUCGCUGACUCCGUCAUGGCCGUCCUCUUCUCCGUCGAGAGCUCACCAGCCGCCGUGAAGCGUUCAUCCGCCAAGCACUCGCACGAGCUGCCCGCCAAGAACCCGCACCGCACCCCGAGCCCCGAGGAGCGCCUCGAACGCCUCCUGUGGUUCCUCGAGGCCCAGUUUGGCCAGGACAACGUCGCCCCCGUCGCGAUGCCCAAGCUGCCGCCGCUGGCCAAGGACGAGGAUGCCAAGGCCAAGGAGGAGCCUGAAGAUGAGCAUGCGAUGAAGGUUGAGAACGAUGAUGCGGAUACGGAGCUCGAAGAGCGGCAGCGCAAGGAGAUCGAACGGCUUCACAAGAUUGGCAUUCCCGUCCCCGGCGUGUCAAUCAAGGUGGACAGAAUGGCUGCGACAGUAUGGUUGGAGGACCUCGAGGUGGAAUGUACCAACAAGAUCUUUGCGGACAGAGUCAGGGCGGUGGUGGAGCGAGCUGUCGAGGUGACCGCUCCUCUUUGGGGUUAAAACGUUUGGAGCCAAGGGCAAACAUAUCACAAUACAGUUAUUUUGUAUUUGGUUGAGCGAAAAUCAGGAGGCAAAUGGACUAUGGCACAAGCUAGU